ACGCAAUCCACCGGUACACGUAUCGAGACACAACUGGGAAGGACUUAAACCUCACCAGGUACUCACGCGAAGUACCACCAUUCAUGCUAGGCGUUCUACUUCUACACUGUGCUUCAUACUCUUAACGAUGCGAGGAUAGCCUCCUCGUCCCCUCGAUCGGACGAUGCUGUCAACCGACACUCCCCAAAAUGAAUCAGCCACCUGUUUACUCCGGCUCUCGACAGCCUCCGCCGCUGUCCAACGGCAACCGAAAUGGCUCUGCCAGCGGACCUACCGGUGUGAAGCAACUAGAACCGCUUGAGUCAACCCAGUCACGCGCAGCGCGAUUCGAAGAUGAAAAGAGGCGCAUCAUUGAGAGCUGCUUCAACAAGAGAGACCCUGAUGGCAUGCAAGUCGAGUCCUACAUUACACAUGUCAGAGUCCUCGAAGAUGGCUCGUACCCUUCGUCGCCUCCGCCCCCAGACGCGCCGCAGGCAAACAAGAAGAGCAGAGUCAUUCUCGUCGCUGUCCGAAGAUCCGGGAAGGUUAGAGUCCACAAAGCCCGGGAGAAUCCAACGGGCACGUUCUCCAUUGGUAAAACAUGGAACCUCGACGAGUUGAAUGCAAUCAUGCAAUACUCUUCGUUGGUACCUGCAACGCCGCAGCAGCAAUUAGAAAAGCGAUGGGGUUCGAACACUGGGUUUACAGUGACGCUGGGCAAGCCGUACUUUUGGGCUGCGCCCACGCCGAAAGAGAAGGAUUUCUUCAUCGCCAGUCUGAUCAAAAUCUACCGUAAAUACACGGGAGGAAAAUUGCCAGAACUCAUCGGGUUUGCACCGCAAGAGGUAGCACAGCUUACCAGCGCACCACCAUCCGCCCAAAAUACUCCUACACCCAGGUCGGGUGCAUUUUCUCCCCCUCCCCCUCCCCCUCCCCCAGUACCGUCUGAUCGCUCGACUCCUCCCGUCCUACCACCAUCCGUACCUUCACUCAGCGCAAACAGACCGCAAUCUCCAUACACCGCGCAGCAACCGCCGCCGAGUCGGGAUGGCAAUAGGGUGGUGUCACAAGAGCAGGAUCGCGCGUUUGCGCGACAGGAAUAUCGUCCUGCAACUCGAGAUGAAAGGACGACUCCUACGCCGGAACCUCCUCGAGGGCCGCCUUACGGAGCUCAAUUCAGACGAGACGAUGGCCGCACGCCAUCCCUGACCGACAGUUUUCAACCCCCGCCUCCACUACAGUCGAUGAAGUCCAAGCCUUCGCAAUCAUCUCUUCAACGAGCCGAGCCUCCUGUCGAUGCGCAGCCACUUAGACCUAACGGCUUGGGAGUUCCUAAACCCAGUGGCCUUGAUGUGAACGGCAAAAGGCUGGGUCCGCAACCUAGCCAGGACUCAUUUCGUAGCGCGGGAAGGAACGAGGGUCUGGGCGGUUCGCGACCGACUACGGCAACCACUGACCGUAGAAUUCCAGAACCAACACCCACGGUGCCAGUGCGGAGUGUGCCAGCCCCAGUAGUGGCCGAAUUGGAGGCACCACCACUGCGAGAGCGUAAGAGGUCUGCAGCUUCAGGUACCGAGCAACCUGGCCCUGCAAGUGCAGACAGUAGCGCUUUUGUCACCCCUAUGGGAACACCGGAGACCUCGAAAGAAGAAGAACACCAAAAUCGAGAGGCAAAUUAUUUUGCCAAUAAGAAAGCCGAAACGGAAGUCAAACAAGAAGCAAACAAUGCUGUGCCACUAAAGGACGCUCCGAGUAAGAUAACGAACGGACCCGUAACGGCCGAGCCAACGGAAACUGUACCACCUCCACCAAUUCCAGAAGAGUUUCGUCCUGGGUUGGGUCCUAUGGUCAAGAAGAAGUCAGGGAGAGAUAUUGCCAACCAAUUUCGGAAAGCUGCUCUUGCUGCCUCAGCUUUUCAACCUCGUCAAGGUGGUGCAGGAGCUCGUUUGAAAGCGAUGCAGGAGAAACAGUCGAAUGAGCCUGAUGGCAUCACCUCAGUCGUCCCAGCUCCCUUGCUCCGUGGAAUGAGCACUGACAGCGCGGCCACUGGGGUCAGUGAGGUCCCCAGUCCUGUUACUGAGACAGACAAACCACUGUCGAAAUCUCCCGAGCCAAAUGAUGCUAUACCUAAAGUGCAGAUCGAGCGGGUGGCUACCUCGGAUAAUGUCGCCCGAAGCGAAACGCCUGUACCGCAACCUAUCCCUGUAGCAGUCGAAUUACCUCCGGAACCGGAGAGGACAACGUCUCCUGAAAGAGCACGGUCUCGUUCACCUCAGAGGAGACGCAGACAGAAGCUAGAAGCGGAAGUUGAGAAAUAUUGCCUGUCUCUGGGAAUUGAUCCUCGCGUCACGGAAGGCCGUGGAGGUGACUUUAAUGAGCUUCUGACUGAAUUUGGUUGGGAAGGGAGGCUGGAUGAUCAGCAGAAAGUGGACGACUUCGAGAAUGACGUUCGAAGAGAAAUUGGUCGAGCUCAAGCAAGCGGCUGGCUUGGUCAUGUCGAGCAACAGGAAAGCAAAGUGCAAGAACUUUCCAAAGCUUUUGACAGAGCGAUUGCAGAGUGCGAAGAACUUGACGGUCUACUCACUUUGUACGCCCACGAACUUGACACUCUUCAUGACGACAUCGAGUAUAUCGAAGCACAGGGACAAGGCCUGCAAGUACAGACUGCGAAUCAGAAACUGCUUCAGGCAGAGUUGGAAAGCCUGCUCAAGACAUUAACAAUAUCCUCGGGAGAGCUGAGAGCGUUAAGAGCAGCACCUAUCGACAGUUUUGACGGAUUACGAGCAAUCGAGGAUUCUCUAUCAUUGCUUUACCGAGCCAUGCUAACCAUCGACCCGGACAUCCGCCAGAACAAGAUGCGGCAAGCCGCAGCAGCUUCCACAGAUCGGCCAGGGGUUGGUGUCUAUGCAGACACUCAGUUUGGAGAAAUGCUUGCAGUCAGGCAGAAGAAGGAAGAAUACAAAGAACAGAGCAUGAUGUUUGUAAAUCGAUUGAAUCAGCACAUGAAGGGCAUGUUUCAAAUGGCUGAGCAACGAACAAGCGAGGAAAACGCUGCCGCAAGUAUAUCAUCCGGAACGUCGACGACACUGAGCCUGCGUGCAUACAAUGCUUCCAGACAAGAGCUAUGGAUUUACAAUGCCUUGAUGCUCUUUGUACGAGAGUUCAAUCAGUAUGAGUGGCAGACGUUGAUCAGCAGUUAUGAGAUCAAUGUCAAGGGCAUCUACCAGGACCAGUUUCGAGAUUUCGCCAUGGGCCUCAGAAAGACUGCCCGCAAGCCUACAGGCGAGGAGCUGGAAAUUCUUUUCACUCACCAAGAAAAAGAGAAGGCAGAAGAGUCACUCACCUCUACCGCUGCAAGGAAGCUCACAGUAAGACGUGUCAGGACGCAAAAGAGCAGUAUGUUACGGCAGUCAAUUGGUGAGAAGAGGGAUGGCAGGCCAGAGGCUUGGAGCGUAUUCGACACAGUGCUUGAACAACAGGCUUCGGCUAUAUCGGAGGAACAAAACUUCAUUGUCCACUUUUUCCACCUCAAUUCGCAAUCGAAUGCAGACUUCGCAGAGCUUGUAACGUCUCGUCAGCCCGACCAGCGGAAAUUGCCUAACUUGCAGGCGAAACAGUCAUACGACCCGGAUCGAAAUAUGGCCAAGAUUGUUCAGAAUACCACCGAGGGGAUCUAUUCCUUCUGGCCUGUAGAAUUACAGGCUAUGCUUGAGUGGGUGGUAAAGAUGGAUCACAUGCAAAGUGUUGGUUUACUUGUGUCUUUGGAACAGUGCCUGGCCAAAUAUGAGGAGACGAAUCAGGAGUUUAUCACGCGCACUCUAAGGGGCCUGCAUGAUCGACUCACAGGCCUCUUCCACAAAUUCAUCGAGGACCAGGUCAAGGCCAUUGAGGAAACCAAGGUCAAAGUCAAGAAGAGAAAAGGGCUCAUCUCCUUCAUGCGGGUUUCUCCUGAAUUUAUCACGGCCGUUGAAGAUAUGAUACCUCAGGAGUUUGCCCACCAGGAGUCACUUGAAGUGCGGUUCAUUGUCAACGACGCCUAUAUACGAUUGCUCAAAGCAAUGUGGGAGUCUCUGAAUUUCAUUGCCAAAGACAAUCCGGCGAGUGCUACGGGCGGAGCUCAUUCGACAGCGCCGACGAGCGGUGAUCCCGAGGACAAAGAGGCCCUGAACUAUCACAUCCUGCUGAUUGAGAAUAUGAACUACUUCGUCGAUGAGGUCAAGACACACCAUAACAUCGUGCUCGAGGAGUGGACGGAACGGGCACAACGCGACCAGGUCAGUCACCUGUCGCAGUAUGUCGAUGCGGUGAUUCGAAGACCGCUAGGCAAGUGGUUGGAUUUCUUGGAGAGCACGGAAGCUUUGAUGAAGGCGACGGAUUCCUACGCGAGUAUCGCCAAUAAACCCAGUCAUUCGCGCAGUUCGGCGAAGAAGGUUCUGUCGGCGCACGAUGCGAAAGAGAUUCGUAAAGGCGUUGAGACGUUGAAGAAACGGAUUGAAAAGCACUUUACUGAUGCGGAUGAUCCGGGCAGUUCGAAUAGGGUGUUGAUCGGGAGAGUGUUCGACGAGUGUGCAGUCCGAUAUGCUCAUGCGUAUGACAGGAUGAGACUUGUGAUUGAUCGGAUAUACGAGGGUGGCUUGGAGAUUGAUUGGAGGAAGGAGGAUGCUGCGGCUGUUUUCAAGAGGUGA